AUGGACAGUGCACAGCUACAGCUGAAGAAGCAGGAAGAACUCAACGAAACUAUUGUAAGUGUUGAUGAAAGUCAAGUGAGUGCCGCAGAGAGGUACAGAAUGCCCGUGGAGCUGUUUCAGCCAGACGAGGAGUCCCCAGAGAAAUCCUUUAAGUUAGAUGACACUGCAAGUAAAUUAACAGUUGACCUUCCUUCUAAACUCUUUCAGGAAUCUGUAACAUCAGCAGAUGGGGUCUCAAAAUCACCACAUCAUCAGAGCAGAGAUACGGGUUAUCAAGCAGCAUUGAAAGAGCCCAGAUGGAGUAAAGGCCGCAUCAAAGUACCUCCAGAUUUUGCUCCUGGGAUUGAUGAACAUGAGACCUCUAUGGAAGUAGAUCUGUUGACAAAUGAAGAUUCCACUUCAGCUUUAUUGGAAGCUAACAGAAGUGGCGUAGGUAUUAGAGACUCCACAAAUGACACUGCAAAAAGUUCAGCUUUGAGGUUGUUAGAUGAGUCGGUUACUGAGGCCCAGAGAGUCACAGAAGAGGAACAAUCUGGCACAGAGGUGCCGCCAGUUAAAACUCGCAGGUCCAGAGGAAGACCUAAAGGCAGCACUGGGAAGCGAGGCAGAAAGAAAUUCCACAGUGUCAGUACCCCCAGGGUCAGUACCCCUAGGGUUUCAGAAUCUGCUGAGGCAAUGAUUGACGUAUCUGCUCGUGCUGUUGAACCUGUUGUUUCACCAGAGACCUCAUCCGAUAUAACCAUCACUCAUCCAGAGAUGCAAUCAUUACAGCACUCGCCUAGAAGCAGCCCUGCAAAACACUUGAAACCCAGUUCUGCGGAUGUCAGCUUUGCUUCAGAUUUGGUGUUAAAAUUUGAUGAUGAUGAUUAUGAAGAAAAAGAUACAGUUGAAGAAGAUGACAAAAAUUUGGUAUGUGGUGCUGAAACUGUUCAAGAGAACACAGCAGUGUUAUUUCAAAAGAGACCAGAACAGAGUCCACAAAGAGAGAAAAUUAUGGUGAUAAAAUGUUCUGUGUCUGGCCCUGCCUUUGUUCGUCAUAAAACUGAAAAAGUCAGCUGGGAUGGGAAUUCGUGCACAGGCACAGUUUCUCGUUUUAACUAUAGAGUUCUUUCUGGUAAGCCGGUAACAUCUCAAAGUAGACAUUUAUCACUUGGUCCAAGAGAGGAAUGUUUUACCUCGGUGCCCCCUCCGUAUUCUGUGAGACGGUCUGAGAUAAGUGAUAAACCACAGACGCUGCCUGCUGUUGUGGUCAGGAGGCAGCAGAAACCCUUAGAGAAGCCUAAAUCAGAUCCUUCUAAAGUGCCCACAGUGGUUCCCUUGGUUAUGGAAGACAACUGUGAUCCCUCUUGUAUUGGGGGAUCGGUUGUUACCAGCCCUGAUGGUGGGGAGGUGUUUGCUGGAACUGUGCUGAAACAGCGGGUGGAGAUGGUGGAUUGGAACACAUCCAGUGAUAAAGAGGAAGUCUUAGAAAAUCUUACUGGAGAAGAGCUGAGGUUAGCACAGAGGCAAUACCUCAGGCAUUUGAUGACUGGGUUAUACAUACAGGCUGGAGAUUUCAGUUCUUUAGAUGAUGAUAAUAAUGACGACUUUCAGGAUGUGGAAAAAGAGGUGAAAGAUGAAGAAAAAGAGGAAGAGGUAACUGUGGAGAAAAAUGGGGAAGAGUUGGCUGAAGGAUUAGAAAACUCCACAGAGGAAAAAGUGUGUGAUCAAGUAGGUAAAGUUGAUUUGUCUGUGACACUGGAUGAUGAAGAACUUCUUAAGAAAAGUUUUUCAAAGGACAGGCAAAAAAGGAAACACAGUCUGGAGUUAGCUUCUCCUGGUCAGGUUACAAAAAAAUCCAGGUCAUCACAAGAUGAACAGAGCAACAGUCUUUUACAGAGUCCAUCUAACUCUGCAUUGUGUUCAGACUUGGAAUCCGCCGACACUCCCAUCACAGCUGUCUCUUCACGAAUUAACGGCACUGACACUGCAUCAUCCCUGUCCCACUCGUGUCAGACCGCAGAGCCUGAACCAGGGGCACAGCCGAAAGAGGCACCCACACAGCAGCGUUUCAAUUCCCCUUCUAGGCGAUCAAGUCGGACCCCCAUUCCUUCCAAAAAAGUUCUCGAUGCUUGGGAUGACUUCCCAGCCCGUUCAGCGCUUAAAGAUAAAAGGACUUUAUCGUUGAGCUCGGAUGAUGAACUAUCGGGAUACAGCAGUGGUGAUGUUCAGCGAAAGAAACUAAAGACAAAACAAUUUUCUGCAUCUUAG